CGCAGUCCCGCAGGAAUGUCGCCGGCCGCGGCCGGCCGCGGGGGCUGCGGGGAGGCCGGGCCCGCGCGAGCCGAGCCCUCCGGCCGCUGAGCCGCCGGCCAUGGAGGACGCGCAGCCCGACAGCUUGGAGGGCUGGGUGCCGGUCCGCGAGGACCUCUUCGCCGUGCCCGAGCGGCACCAGCUGCGCUUCCUCGUGGCCUGGAACGACGCGGAGGGCAAGUUCGCGGUGACCUGUCACGACCGCACGGCGCAGCGGCGGCGGCGGCGCGAGGGGAGCCGGUCCGAGUCCGAGUCCGAGCCCGCCGCGUCGUCCCCGAGCUGGGCGGGCCUGCUGUCGGCCGCCGGGCUCCGCGGCGCGCACCGGCAGCUGGCGGCGCUGUGGCCUCCGCUGGAGCGCUGCUUCCCGCCGCUGCCGCCCGAGCUGGACGCGCGCGCCGGCGGGGCCUGGGGCCUGGGGCUCGGGCUGUGGGAGCUGGUGUGGCCGGCGCGCGAGGGCCCCGGCGACGCGGCGCUGCAGGAGCUGUGCGCGCGGCUGGAGCGCUACCUGGGCGAGGCGGCGAGCGGCUGCGGCGGCGCGGCGGUGCGCGACGCGCUCUUCCCGGCCGAGGGCGGCGCGGCCGACUGCGAGAGUCCGCGCGACUUCCGGGAGCGGGCCCUGCGCGCGCAGUGGGCCGCGGCGGGCGCGCGGCUGUGCCAGGUCCUUCAGGGACAUGAUACAGCCCACACCAUGGUGGCAUUAAUGAAAGUUUAUCAAGAGGAAGAUGAAGCCUACCAGGAACUAGUUAUGGCGGCAACCACAUUCUUCCAGUAUUUGCUGCAGCCAUUUAGGGAUAUGAGAGAAGUUGCAACCUUAUGUAAGCUUGAUAUUUUGAAAUCCUUGGAUGAGGAUGAUCUGGGUCCUAAAAGGAUAGUUGCCUUGCAGAAGGAAGCCAAAGAAUGGAGCAGACGGGCUGAAGAAGCUAUAGUCUCUAUUCAGGACAUCACGGUGAAUUAUUUUAAAGAAACAGUAAAAGCGUUAGCAGGAAUGCAGAAGCAGAUGCAACAGGACGGGAAGAGGUUUGGCCAGGCUGCCUGGGCCGCGGCAACUCCCCGGCUAGAAAAACUCAAGCUGAUGUUAGCCCAGGAGACGCUGCAGCUCAUGAGGGCCAAGGAGUUGUGUUUAAAUCACAAGAGAGCCGAAAUUCAGGGAAAGAUGGAAGAUCUUCCAGAACAAGAAAAAAAUAUAGAUGUUGUAGAUGAAUUGGAAAUACAAUAUUAUGAAGUCCAAUUAGAACUAUAUGAGGUUAAAUUUGAGAUAUUAAAAUAUGAAGAAAUACUGCUUUUAACACAGCUGGACUCAAUUAAAAGGCUUAUAAGAGAUAAAGAGGGUGAAGUUGUCUAUUAUGACCCAUGUGAAAGUCCAGAGGAACUCGAAGCUGUCGGAGCUGUGAUGGGGCUGCGGGGUGACGAGGCCCUGGAGAUGGAAGAGCUGCGCCGGCAGUGCCGGCGCCUGGAGUCUAAGCGGGGUAGGAUAUGUGUCCGGAGGGCCUGUCUCAGGAAUAGACAGGAUCAGUGCAGAGAGAACCAUCGGCUCCGACUACAACUGGCUGCAGAAAGCAUGAAACGUUUUCAUCAGCAUCACAGCAUCCAGAUGAGAAGAGACAAGAUAAAAGAAGAAGAGCGAAAGAAAAAAGAAUGGAUAAACCAGGAGCGCAAGAAAACACUCCAGCGACUGAGAGCGUUUAAAGAGAGGCGCCCGGGCGGGUCCGCAGUGAAGUCACCGGGCUCAGGGGCUGUGGCCCCGCACCUGCCCGCCAGGCUAACCCCAUGGAUGGCUGCGUCCUCCAGGGAGACCCCUGAAGGCAGCGAGGCAAAAACCCGUGAGGAUCAGGACUGUUCUGGAAAUACCGACCCCAGCUCCGUUCCAGCUGGUGACCAAACACACCCCGAACCCAGUGAGGAACUGUCGCCGCCGCCACCGCCGCCUCCGCCACCACCUCUCCCUGCUCCGCCCUUCCCCGGUCCGGCCGCAGCAGAUCGCCAUGACUCGGCCCUGAGGACUUCAGUCAUGGUCACAGACGAGCCGCUUCCCCUGCAGUGUGAGCCACGCACGGCAAGAGCGCGCCACUGCGCAGCCGCAGCCGGACCCCGAGGCCCAGGGUCUAUGGAUGAAGUGCUGGCCUCCUUAAGGAGCAGCAGGAGCCCUCUGCAGAGAGCGGAAGUGACCGCCUCGCCCCUGCCCCGCGCCUCCUUCAGUGAGCAACUUCUGGCUGCCAUAAGGCGGGGGGUCAAACUGAGGAAGGUUCACGCCGCCCUUGACCUGAGCCCCAGCAGCAAGCCGCCCAGUGACCUGGAGAGAAGUAUCAAGGCCGCACUGCAGAGAAUCAAGAGAGUGUCGGCCGCCUCGGAGGAGGACGAGGAGGACGGCGAUGAGCUGAGCCCCGGCAGCGAGUGGGACGGCUGAGCUGCCCGCCGCGGCCCCCGGCACCGCCCAGGAAGCGUGAGCGAGACGCAGGCCCGAGGCCUGUUCUGGAAGGCGUGUGAACGGGUGGACCGGCCGCGUGCCAGCCCCGGAGACCAGCGGGGCUUCGAGCCAUGUGGGGCCGUCUCUUGAAGGUCGUGGCUCUGAAAGUCAGGGCAGGCAGCAGGGACGAGGGGACCUACGCACCGAACCGUAGCCGGAUGUGAGAACCCGCGGCAUCACUGGCGUGAGACAAGAGUGUUUGUUUCUCACCGAGGGUUCUCUACGACCGUUCCCUUACUCCGAGACUACGUUCAGCCGCGCUGUUGUACUACUGACCGUGUCCCCGGUCUGGACCAGCGGCCUCCUCACGCUUAACGGCUUGAACAUGGGGGCGCCUGGGGGGCUUGGUCAGCUGAGCGUCCGACUCCUGAUUUUGGCUCAGGUCACCAUCUCAAGGUC